ACCCUAAAUGAGUAUGACUACAACUCACACAUCCCCUCUAGAGACAUUGGGGGACAUUGCCUCCCAGCUUGGGUACAGCCUUCAGGAUGAGAAGCUGGCACUUCACUUGGAUGAUCAGGAUGAAUUAAAGCAUCUUAGACAGUGCUUUCAUGUUCCAAAAAUAAAGGAUAUCCCAACAACUGACAAGUCAUUGGUUAAUGAAGAAGAUGACUGUGUAUACCUCUGUGGCAACUCCCUUGGACUUCUUCCCAAGACUGUUAAACCCUACAUUGACGAGGAACUUGACAAGUGGGCAAAAAUGGGAGUUCAUGGUCAUUUUACUGGAAAACGUCCGUGGGCUUUAUGUGACGAGUGUAUUGUGGAUCUUAUGGCUACAAUAGUAGGUGCCAGAAAGGAAGAGGUUGCGUUAAUGAAUGGGCUGAGUGUUAAUCUGCAUCUUCAGAUGCUCUCCUUUUAUAGGCCGACAAAAGAGCGCUACAAAAUACUCCUGGAAGCCAAAGCCUUUCCGUCUGACCACUAUGCUGUUGAGUCUCAGAUACGACUGCACGGGCUGGAUGUUGGAAAGAGCAUGCUGCUACUGUAUCCCCGAAAGGGAGAAGACACCCUGCGGACGGAAGAUAUUCUUUCUGUUAUUGAAGAAAACGGAGAUUCAAUUGCGGUGAUUUUGUUCAGCGGAGUGCAAUAUUACACUGGCCAGUUGUUUGACAUGGAGAAGAUCACAGAAGCCGGACAUAAAAAGGGCUGUUUUGUUGGAUUCGACUUGGCCCACGCCGUUGGGAAUGUGGAGCUUCACUUACACGACUGGGGAGUGGACUUUGCCUGUUGGUGCUCUUAUAAGUACUUGAAUUCGGGCGCCGGUGGCCUGGCUGGAGCCUUCCUACACAAGAAACAUUCCAACACUAUCAAACCCACGUUGAUGGGAUGGUGGGGUCAUGACUUCAAAACCAGAUUCAAAAUGGAGAACGAAAUGGAAUUAAGCCCAGGAAUUAAUGGUUUUCGAAUAUCGAACCCCCCUAUACUGUUGGUCUGUUCUCUGCAUGCAAGUUUAGAGGUCUUCAAUCAAACUACUAUGAAAGCGCUAAGAAAGAAAUCAAUAUUGCUCACUGGUUAUUUAGAACAAUUAAUUAAAUACUAUUUCAGUAAAUCAACAGAAGGGCCCCAGAAGCCUUACGCAAAGAUUUUAACGCCCUCUAAUGUCAAGGAAAGAGGGUGCCAGCUCUCGCUCACGUUCUCUCUGCCCAUUAAAGCCGUUUUCGAAGAAUUGGAGAAACGAGGAGUUGUGUGUGACAUGAGGGAGCCACACGGAUUACGCAUCGCUCCAGUACCUCUCUACAACACGUUCCACGAUGUGUACCGAUUUAUUCAAAUUCUGGGACAAGCCAUCGCAGCUGUCGAGAAAAGAUCCAAACACCAGUGCCAAUGAAAUCCCACGGAAACAACAUAUGUGUACGACUUGUCAUAUUGUCAAAUUAUUGCCGCCGUUUGAACUCAAUGCAACGGAGGUAAAUGUGAAAUAAAUCUCAUUAGUGCUGUA